AUGUCCGGAGGGCACAAGCCCAUUCGGCUUCCGCCCCUCAAGACUCUUCGCGUCCACAACCCCAAGCGGCAACCCGAGAAUCCUUGCAUCGUGAUCAUGUCAAGUGUCCUAGCAUGCUGGGCAUCCGCAGGCUACAACGCCGCUGGAUGCGCCGCCAUCGAGACGCAGCUACGACGUUGCAUGGACGGCCCCCCACCUCCGCCCGCCGCUGCCAACACGAUCAAUUACCAUCUUUCUCGCAUGCAAAAGUACGUCACCAGUACGCCGAAGCGAAAGUAG